AUGAUUGAGGAGGGUGGCGGGGGACUGGAGGAGGAGACCUGGCUGGAAGAGAUGAAACCUGGGAUGGUACUGUUUGGGCAGGUGCAGACUUUCCCUGUUGACCUCCUAUCAGCUCCAUUAGGCUUUUUUGGGGUAUCCUUUUUACCCCCAUCUCGUCAGAACUUUCCUCAAGAACUUUUGGGUUUUGAUGCAAGAGAGGAGUCGGUGGGUCUAUCGAAUGAGGAUCAGAUCCGUCGCAUUCAGCUCAAAGGGGACAUAGAACAUUUGGCUUCUCUUGAGGAAAUUUUCUGGAGACAAAAGUCUCGUGCUUUGUUUGUGAAGGAGGGAGAUAAUAAUACUCGUUUCUUUCAUAAAUUAGCAAAUUCCCAUAGAAAUGCUAAUCUAAUUAAGAGGUUAGAGGUGGAUGGUAUUCUUUAUGAGGAUGAGGCUGAUGUGCGCUCUCAGUUAGUUCUCUUCUACCAAGGGUUGUUUGAGGAAAAUGAGGUGUGGCGUCCUACUAUGGAUGGGUUAGAUUUUGCAUGCAUUGGAGAGGUAGAGAGGUUAUCCUUAGAGAAGGAGUUCUCGAAGGAGGAAGUCAUCCAGGUAUUAAGGGAGAUGGAGGGUGAUAAAGCCCCCGGUCCUAAUGGCUUCACCAUGGCUUUUUUUCACAAAUGUUGGAGUGUUGUGGAAAAGGAUGUCAUGGAUUUCUUUGAUUACUUUCAUCGGCACUCUGUGUUUGAACGGUCUAUGAAUGCUUCGUUUCUCACUUUAAUUCCCAAGAAGCGUAAUGCUGUUAACAUUAAGGACUUUCGCCCCAUUAGUUUGGUGGGUAGUGUGUACAAGUUGCUAUCCAAGGUGUUGGCUAAUAGGUUGAGGGCGGUUUUGGAUAAUCUUAUCUCUGAGUCUCAAAAUUCAUUUGUUGGCGAAAGGCAGAUCCUGGAUUCAGUGCUUAUUGCAAAUGAAUGCCUGGAUAGCAGGUUGAAGAGCAGAAUACCGGGUGUGGUUUGCAAGCAUGAUAUUGAAAAAGCAUACGACCAUGUGAACUGGGAGGCCUUGUUUUAUUUGUUGGCCCGGAUGGGUUUUGGGUUGAAAUGGAGGGGGUGGAUCAAGGCUUGUAUUACUUCUGUCCAUUUUUCAAUCCUAAUAAAUGGCUCCCGGAAGGCUUUUACGGGCUUGAAGGUCAAUGUUAGGAAAAGUGAGAUUGUCCCUGUUGGGGAGGUGAAUAACCUAGAUGCACUGGCUAAUAUUCUUCAAUGUAGAGUGGGAAGUUUGCCUAUGAAAUAUUUGGGGAUGCCGUUGGGGACUUCUUUUAAGACUGCUUCGAUUUGGAAUCCUAUUUUGGAGAAAAUGGAGAAGAAGCUAUCUGGGUGGAAGCGUCUCUAUUUAUCUAAGGGUGCGGCUAAGGAUGCUUGUAUCUCUGAGGUUUUGUGGUUUCUAGAAGGGGCUACUAUUAGAGUUUGGGAUUUAAGGUUUUAUAGAGCUUUUGAAGAUUGGGAGUUAAUUGCAUCUUAUUCUCUUCUCCAACUUAUCCAAUCUCAUAUUCCUUGGGGUGAUAGGAGGGAUACCCUUUGUUGGUGGCUAAAAGGUGAUGGUAAGUUUGUCACGCAGUCUUAUUACCAUGCGAUUCGGGGUGCUUCGAAUUCUUUGUUUCCUUGGAAGGGUGUUUGGAAACCAAAGAUUCCUAGGCGAGUGGCGUUCUUUUUGUGGACUGCUGCUCAUAGUCGGAUCCUCACUUUGGAUAAUCUAAUGCUUAGGGGUCGCCCUUUGGCUUCUUGGUGUUGCUUUUGGUAUUCAUUGGAUUAUGCCAGGAUCAGUGGUGGGUUUGUUAUCUUGUUGGCAUCAGUGGCUUGGGAAUCUUAA